AUGGAACCCUCCACAGAGGACCGGGAGCACCCUUCAAUCACAGCCGAAGAGGACAACGCCCAAGAAUCGUACCAUUCCGAUGCCGAAAAGGUCGCCCUGCCUCGUCGGCGCUUGGCAACCGUCUACGACGCUGUCGCAGGAAGGGUGAUCCAGGACCAGGCUCUCAGGAAUCAGAACCCAGGCCAAAAGGAGACAUCUGGGCAUGGACACCACAGCAGACUACAACCCAAUGUCACCAGACACUCUACUCGCGGCGCGACCAUAGCGCCCAAUGAAGUUCUGUUCCGGCGCAAGGACGCUCCGGAGCGGUAUGUAGAGAAGGACGUGUACAAUGCGCAUGAGAGAGAUCUACCGCAGUCAGGACGAGACAUUCUCCCGGACAGCGAUCUCCUCACGUCGGUGCACGCGUACUCGAGCAGGUUCUACGGGGCGAUGGAACGGAGACGAAACCAGAGAGCUCAGGAGAGCGGUGGUGUUGGUAGUGGCGCCUUGGGGAGACGCAGCGUCGACGAGCAGAGCAUGGACGAGACUGCGCUGCUCGCCUUUGGGAUCCUGCUCGAAGAAGCUGGCAGGGAGAUCCUUGGCCGGCGGGGAGAUUUGGUAUUCACGGAGGGGAUUGUUGGGGCGGACGGUUCAAGCGGAGAUGAAGUGGCGCGGCAUACGGAACCUGCGGUUGGUUACCGAGAUGUCGGGACGUCGUCGUUGAGUAGGGGAGCCAACAACGGCGCUGUCGCCGGAACAAGAUUGCCAAAGAGGAGGAGAUUGGCAGAUUUGGAGUUGGAGGGAGCACAAGAUUAG